GGCGGACGCGUGCCCAAACAUCUGCUCCCGCGCUUCGUCAAAACACAUGGCCCGCCUCCAGCCCGCCGCCAAACGCCGAGACCGGUUGUUUGCGUCGCAGCCGACUACCGACAGUCAAACGUCGUCGUCAUCGCGAGCGCACGCCAGGAGACCGUACCGCGGUGAUAGUGAUCGUAAUAACAAUAAUAAUAUCGCUACCGUCCCGAUCAUCGAGUGUGGCGCUGGAACGGAGGAUUUUCCAGGACGAUAUUUAUACGUUUAUAUAAUAUUGUCGAAUCACGGCACCAGCGGAGCAGCACCAUGUCGCGCGGCUACUACAAUGGCGGUUACAACCACGCGUGCGAAGUGGACCAACACCACCGGUACGAAGAGAUACCGGACAUCGAUCCGUCCAUGGACUUCCUGCAGGCCGACGACACGUCCGCUUCUUUCUACUACAUGGAGUCGCCAACACGGUUGCGCAGGUCUUCGGACGCCGCGGACCCUGCCGAACGGACGUUGCUCCUGCGCGCCCAACAGCACAACCACUACCAACAGCUACAGCAACUGCAGAUGAACGGGUGCCCGCCCCCGCUCCCGGCCGCCCGAGCCAGGCGCAACACUCCGCCACCCGCGGCCGGCGGUGACCGGUCCGUGGCGGCCGUGACGCCGUGCAAAGCCAGACGCCGGUUGGACGUGUACGGUGACGCGUCAGGCACCGUCAGCCUCCCGUCCACGCCGUCCGGAGCCGGCCGAACCGCCGACGUGUUUGCACCGAUGGUGGCGCAAACGGCGGCCGCGUUCAGACCGGUCACCGUGCGCCGCGCCCGGUCGUCGGCCGCACUCUACAACAAACACAAGCGGCCGCCCGAGUUUCUGUCCGAAUACAAUCUGGACACGUGCGUGCCGGUGACCGGCGUCCAGUACGACCGGCCCAGGAACACGGCCGUCAUACAACCCAUCUACAAUAAGGCACCGCUGCCGUCCGUGUUUCAGGUUGAAGAGAAAACGACGCCGCAUCAGGCCGAGUCACCCGCCAAGCCGUCGUGGUCGCGGACUCCGCCGGCCCGGACGCCCGUCCAAUCGCUGCCCGUGUGCACGCUGUGGUCGGCCGCCAUGGUGUUGGUGGUGUCAGGCACGGCCAGCUGCAUGCUGUGCUUCUACCUCAUGUCCCGGCGUGGCCGGCUGUACUAUCUGAACGCCGGGCUGCUGGCGGCCGCCGUGUGCCUGGUGCUCGGGUUCCCCGGCUUCCGGUCGCAGCAAUGGCGGUGGCUGCCCAACCGCAACUACGUGACCGGUUACAUACUGGUGGCCCUGUUCAGCGCGCUGGAGACGUGCGCGCUGUGGCUCAUGUGCCAGAGCACCGUGCUGGACCCCGCGCUUAACGACAUCGGGGCCGGCGUCGUGUGCGGCAUAUCCGCCCUGUCCGUCACGCUCGCCUGUCUGGGCGUCAGCACGUCGUACUGUUGCCGGUACCCGCCGCCCGACAACCGGGUCGCGCACGCCGUCGAGGGGUUCGUCGUGUAGACGGUGUAGGUGUGCGCCCACACCCAUCCCCGGGAUUAGUAAUGUCUUUUAUCAUUGUUAUCAAUCUCUUACGCGUCCCGAGUGAUUGUACCCAUCCGCUGCUGUUAAGGACUCUCGUUCGUUGUACAUAUAUAUAUAUAUAGUUAUUUUUAAUUUCAGCAUAAUAUAAAUUUGUAUAUAAUUAUGUAUAUAACAUUAGUUUUUCGACGCGUGAUAGCAAUUCACGGCGUAGGCGACGAGUCUCGAGCACAACAAAUUCCAAUAAACACGAGUGUAAUGAGUAUACAUAUAAUAAUAUUGUAAAUAGCGGUAAACUAUCGCGUCGAAAUUAUUGCCAAAAAUUGUAUUUAUAACACCUAUGCGUCUGUAUUGUAUAAUAUGCGUAUGUACUACAGUGCGAAUAGAUAAGAAAUUAAAAUGUUUUGAAUAUUUAAAAAUAAUAUUACAACGAGUGAAUAUUGCAACUAAGAUAAAUAACGGUACUUAUUACAAAUAAUUCGAUGCUAUAUUGUCGUUCGUCAGCAUUAAGUAAACUAUUUUACUUAUUUUUUAAUUUUACGAAAACCAUAAGGAUAUUGUUCGAUUUACGUUUUUUUGUAUUAUCAUACCUAUUCCAGUACAUAUAACGUAAAAGCUAUUAUUUGAAAAAAGCAACUUCCUUCGAACUUAAACUUUCAUACAUUCAACUUAAUAACUAGACCUAGUGCUCGAGUUAUCUACGAACUAUAAAAAUUAAUACUUACCUACAUUACAAACGAAUAAUUUUUUUUGCUUACAUAAUCAUCUGUUAAAUAUAUUUUUAAGUAUAAUCGAAUAUUUACCUAAUGUGUGUACAUAGUCAUAAUAAAUAUUGGACAGCAAAUCAUACAAA